AUGAAGGCGACCGACGCAACUGUCGAAGUAGCGGAGGAUCUCGAUUUCUCGCUUGAGCCAUGCACCGACUCAUUGGACUGGAGACCAUGCAAAGUGUCUAAAUGGCCGGAUGCGCUCACGGCGGAACCAGAAAUCAACUUUGAAGAAAACGGGGACUUCGGCGAUGACGAUGGAAGAGAACAACCUCCUACAAGUAGCUACUCUGCGUGCGACUUCGAGUGGUGGGAUUUUCCCAACGGCGGACAGCAUCUCGACUUGACGUUUCCUGAAGAAACGGAGGAAGACCUUGACAGGAAUAUACCCGUAUUUACAUAUGUCGACCAGAAUCUCACCAAGUAUUGA